AAUAAAAUAAUUCAUGACCGUUCAUGUUUCUUCCUUCUGAUAAAGAAACUGAGGCACGGGAAGGGGAAAUGAAGCCAAGACAAAAAAAAUCCCCAAGAUUUUAACGGGAAGUCGGGACUGACUCUGGCUCCCAGUCAGCAUCUCUGCCUCCUCUCCCAGAAGAAUUUGCUAUUUAUAGCCCUGCCUUGCUCCGUUAGAACAUAAUCAAAACCAUCCUCCCUCCAGAUGAGAAGUCAUCCAGCGGCACUAACUCUCCCAGGGGGAAAACUCCCAAGAUUUGCAACUCAGCAAUCCGAAACGCCUCUGCGAGGGCAGCUCCGGCAGCGCGGGGCGGCGGGGUCGGUGCGCUCAGCCCGGCUGCGGUGCGGGACAGGCGCGCUCCCUGCGCGCUGCCGCGGAGCCCGCUCGGCUCAACGCCCCCCGAGUCAUUUCCUGCCUCCGCGGGGACUGCCCGGCACGGUCCCGCCGAGCAGCAGCGGAGCCGCUUCGGCAGCCGACACCCAGCCCAGCACGAUGAACUUCUGCAUCGCGGUGCUCCUGGUGCUUCACUCCCUGCCCGGGAAAGUGGAGCUCGAAGAUGACUUGGAGGAGAUGGCACAGGAUUUAUACGACUACAUGGCUCAUUUAAGCAAUUACUACGAUUCCACAUAUUCCACAGAAGACUAUUACUAUGACAACAUCACGGCAACCCCUGCCACGUAUGUGUAUGACUUGGAGUCAUACGAGACCAGCACCUUUGGAGACAUAGACUGGGAGAAGUGGUUCUCAGAAGAGAAUGACACCACCACGACCUCUGGAUUACCAAAUACAAAUUCUUCAGGGGAUGCCAGGGAUGCUAAGGACACCCAGGUGGGUGCUUGUCAGCUCAGGAGCUCUGCUGCAGGCUUUUAGCACAAUAAAACAUGUGACUUUUCUGACUGAUUCAUUUUCCUUGACUCACCAGCAUUCCCAGGAGUCAUUUGGAUCGUCCCUGAAGGGCCACCUCACCCUCAUCAUCCUCCUCAGCUUCCUGGGUCUCCUGCUAUGACCCCCAGACCCGUCCAAAGGUACUCUGGGAUUUCAGCACUCACUCAAAGUGUGUCCUUUAACCCAGGGAAACCCAAUUCUUUCUGAAGCAGCAACUUUCCAAAACAAUGGAAAGAUAACAAACCCUUCCAGGCAUCCAGCUGCAAUGCCAGGACACUCACCAGCAGCUCUGAUGGACACUGAUGGCCAGGAGAGGCUUUCCAGGGUGUUUUCGCAAUGACCUGUUGUCAUUUGGACCUUCAUGGGUGUGAGCAGCCAGGCACCUCUCGCUGCUCAUCCACCCAAAUACCCUGCUCCACAAAACCCUGGAAAGGUUUGGGUUGGGAUGAACCUCCCACCCAGGUUCCUCCAAAGCUCCAUCCCACCUGGCCAGCCUUUUCCCACAGCUGGAGCUCUCCGACAUCCCGGGAAUACACCGACCCCAUCCUGCCACACUCUGGAACCUGCUCACCUUUUUCCCUCCUUCCAGCCACAGUGCUAGGAUGGUGACAGGACACUGCCAGGUGUUGACAAUGACAUGCUCUCUGUGAGGCGUUGUGUCUGCUCCGGAGCUGCUGACACUUUGUGUCUGAAGGUUUUGGUGCUGUCCCACGGUGUGAGCACAGAGAGCUCUGCAAUGCUUCAGUCCUUUCCUGUUUCCUCCGACUCUGCUGUAAAUAAAAACCUCUGCCAAUAAAAACCCCAACACACGGGGAUUAUUUACCAUGGUCUCUCGUGGUAAA